UUACUACACUUUAAGAUCCGCAAUCAAACGGUCGUGUUUAAUUUUCAUUAAAAAAAAGGAAAAUCGAAACUAAAAAUUUUUACCAAACCGGAAUACAGUCAUUUCGAAUAGAAAAUAUUUUCAACAGAAAAUUAUGAUCUGAAUGACAGUCCUUCGAAAUGUUUUAAGAUAUUUUCGAGGAAAGUUUGCUCUUAAAAAUGAUUCAUUUUCACUGCAAAAAAGGAAUGUGAUGUACCAAAAAUUGUAAUUGACCAGAAAAUUCCUAUUUUAAUUGUUUGAACUUUGGACAGAAACGAAAAAAAGAAUAUUUGUGCAACAAAAAAAUCUGACAAAAAGGACAAAAAGUUUAAAAAAGAAUUCUUAUUCGUAACACACACACAUAAAAAUUAAGUGUAAAACAUUGUUCGAAAAAUGCAGCCUUUAAAACGAUUCACACAAUGCGGGAGCCUUACAAUGUUGUUUUUAGUUUUUAUUGUUCUAUUUGGAGUUAGUUCAACAGCUUUAACAACAUUCGGCAAAGCCAGUCCAAAUGUACCACCUGCGGCUCCGACUCCACCCCCAGCUAAGGGACGAGAAUGCAGCUCACAUAACGACUGUGGUUCACUUCAACAGACGAGUUGUGUAAGGGACUUGGACGACGAUAAACUGCGGUGCCUGUGUGGCGAUAAUAAAGCCCCAAUCAAUGGACAGUGUACACCAAGUCAAAAAGCACUUCGUCACAUGUGUACGGAAACCAGCCAAUGUGAUGAGGAUCUGAUAUGCAUUCCGGACAAUUCUACAAAAACGACUUCAUUCAAUCGAAAUUCGAACUCCAAUUUUCCACAACCACAAGUCAAACUUUGCUUGUGCGACGAUGCUAAGGGUCUUGUGGAAGAUGUCAAAGACAACCGUUGUAACGGUGGUAUUCAGUUAGUGACUGGCAUAUUCAUUCCACUGACAUCAUUACUUGUUGGAUCAAUUUUGGCAAAAAAUCGUUUUCAUUAAUCAAACUGGUUAACAAAAAAAAAACAAUUUGACGUUUUCCUUUUUUUCCCUUUUCCACAUGAAAUUAAGUUUAAUUUUAGAUGUUGUAAAAAAAAUCAAAUCAAAAUAAAAAAGGAAAAAUGAUUUCAUUUCAUUUCAUUUUAGAAUUUUAUGACUUUUUACAUUAAAAGUAAAUUAAACGAAUGUUCUACAUGUAUAAGUAGUGCCUGUGCUCUUCAAUUAUAUAAUUAUUAUAUUAUUAUAUGCAGUACCUACCUUUACACAAAUUGAAAUUUAUAAUAAAAACAAACAAAACAAAAAUUAUUAGCUUAUAAAUCCAUGUUAGAGGAAAAAAAACAACAACAAAAAUAUGUUUCGGAAUGUUCUUAAAUAUAAUUGUCAUUAUUAAAAACUAAAUGUAAAUUUAAUUAAAAGAAGAAAAAAAUAACUAAAAAUUUAUAGUAUACGUGUAAGUUUUAUAUCCAUAUGUUUUCAACUUUUAAAAACGUAAAGCGCCUUUUAAUGAAUACAAUAAAAUCAAUUUAAAAUGUUUCAAACCAAAAAAAUAAUGAUAUUCGAUCAAUUUUUAGUCCCCCCAUUUAAUAUUAAAAAUAGAUGUCCACGUUUGCCUUACCCCCUCCCCCAACCAGGGCCUAUUUCCAGAAAAUUAAAUUCCUAAAAAUUCCAUAACUUUUCUAUCUGCCACAAAAAAAAAUUAGAAUGUUAACUGUGCAGAACAAUUUUACAAGACAGCUGAAUACUACGUUCCGCAUAUAUAUAUAUACAUUUUACAUACGCACCACACUAAGUGCAGCUAAGAUGUACAUUGUACUGCUAUGUUAACAAUUGUACUUGUACCGAGUUUGUACAGUAUAGCAGUACAUAUUGCGUGGUAGUUAAGUAGUACUAUUGUACUAUUGAGCUAUACAAUGUACAAUAUAGAAGGGAAUGAUGCCCUGCUCAGCUGAAUAUUAAUGCAUUUUAGUUGCAAGUAUAUACUGCUACGUUACACAUUUGUACUUGUCCCGAUUAAAAAAAAAAUGUUCAGCUGUGCUGAAUAUAGUUUUUUUUUUGGUGUGUCGUCUUUACUAAAAACAAAAACCGAUACAUCGACGCACCUCCGAUAUUUUUCGGAUCUUUCGGGUAUUUUCAAUGUGUCGGAGCUAGGCCGAUUACUUUGGGCUAGCAUUUUAUAAGAUUCAACAGAAAAAGUAAUUUUGGAAAUUUUAGAAAUUAAAUUCCUUAAAAUAGACCGUGCACCCAUUGAAUCAUUAGCAUCCAAAUUAACAAUUUCUAUGAGUUGUGUGGUAUAGAAAGCUUAUUACAAAUUAUUAUUCUUUGUCACAAAAAAAGAUUUGCUAUCAUUGCAAUGAGAACAAAAAAGCUAAAGAAAACUUAAUAAAAAUAGAUAGCUAAAAACUGUUAGGUAGUUAGUUACUAGGCGAGUAUAUAUAUGUUUCUACAUUGGAAGGACUACGCAGAUGCACUAUAGCACAUGAGCCAACUUACCAAUGAUAACAAGUUAUUAGUCAUCUGUUCAAACGAGAAAAUGCUUAGAGAAUUAUAACAAUAACUUCCAAUUUGUAGGUCGACAUUAUGAGCUAUAAUGCAUUUGCGAAGGCCUUUUAUUUAUAUUGAAUAGUACUUAUAUACAUUAAGUGAUCACUAUAUAAAUCAACUAAAAAUAUUCAAUCAAUUUAUUCGUUUUAACUGUAAUUCCUUGAAAACAGUGAUAAAAUUACAUUGUUUCCGAUUGGAAAGUGUGAAAAUAUAUAUAAAACAAAACCUUUAUUGAAAAAAAGUCCGUCCAUUCACCUAUAUUAAAAACAAAAGAAAAGAAACAAAACCAGAAAAUUAUGUCCUAGAACAAUUUUUCAUUUGAUAAAAUUUUAACAAAAAUUAAUCUUAUUAAGUGUUUCAGUCGAGAGAAUUUGUAUUUUAAUUUUAUUAAUCGUUUAGAAUUUGGUGUAAAGUUUAUUUGAAUAAAUAUUUAAUUUUGAAAGUAUAUGACUAAGUUUGCAAUUUUUAUGC